AUGGCAGACGAAACACCAAUUGACUUGAAGGAAGAGGUUGCAGAUAUAGCACCAUUUGACCCUACUAAGAAGAAAAAGAAGAAGAAAGUUACAGUUAUAGAUCCUGCAGCUGAUGAAUCGGUGGAUAAGUUGGCUCAGAAGACUGAAAAUCUGUCAGUUGCUGAUGAGGCAGAGUCUUCAUUUUCUGGUUUGAAAAAGAAAAAGAAGAAACCUGUUGAAAUCAGCAACUUAAUCGAGGAGAGUGGAGAAGCAGCUGAAGAUUUGGAAGAUCUUCCUGAAGAAGAUGAAGAAGAAGCAGUUUCUUUGCAGCCUCGUUAUCCUUGGGAAGGGAGUGACCGUGAUUAUGAAUAUGAGGAGCUUCUUGGCAGGGUGUUUAACAUUCUACGUGAAAACAAUCCAGAACUUGCUGGAGAUCGUCGAAGGACAGUUAUGAGGCCUCCUCAGGUUCUUCGUGAAGGCACAAAAAAAACUGUGUUUGUGAAUUUUAUGGAUCUAUGCAAAACGAUGCAUCGACAGCCAGACCAUGUUAUGGCUUUUUUGCUUGCUGAGCUAGGUACUAGUGGCUCCCUAGACGGACAACAAAGAUUGGUUGUUAAGGGAAGAUUUGCACCAAAGAAUUUUGAAGGAAUUCUGCGACGAUAUAUUAAUGAAUAUGUUAUAUGUCUUGGAUGCAAGAGUCCAGACACAAUACUUUCAAAGGAAAACCGUCUCUUCUUUCUUCGGUGCGAGAAGUGUGGAUCGGGAAGAUCGGUUGCUCCAAUCAAAGCUGGUUUUGUUGCUCGUGUUGGCCGAAGGACUGCAGGGUCAUGA